AUGAAAGGGAGGGGCGCAUUAACAUUCACAUGUGCUUGGAACGUGGAACGGAGAAACAAAGACACCCCACCCCCUGGCCACGCGAAAACCACGGACCUCAAUGCUCAAAUUGUCCAGAGAUUCCUCCAACAUCAAAUCGUCCCGAAGAUUCCGCCGGCUGGUUCCUCGCUCCUCGUUCCCCGUUCCCUGACGCGUCGUCCCCAUGUGUUCGUCCGGUGGUUCAUCACUCCCUUAGCGCGCCUCGGCUACAAAGAUUUAAAAGUGACGACGACUCAAUACACCGCCUAUUUUGGACCACAUCCUCAUCGGUCAACCUACGGACCGUGGGAACACGAAUGCCCAACAUGGAAGGUGGACGAGCCGGGUAAUACCAGCAGCCAGCCAAGCGUUCCCAUCAACUCGCCCAAGUGGCGUGGCGGCCUUGUCAAUUCCUUUGCGGCACCAGUCACUGAUUGGGGGGAUAGCAACAGCCCUAGAGGGGAAAAAGAAGGGGGUGGCAACUUGAUCGUGGCGGUUUGAUGAUUGCCCUAGCUUCCUAGCGAGCGACCGGAGUUCUCUGCGUUCUGCCUCUGCG